AUGAUAUAAUAAGUGAUUCAUGAUGAUAUUUUAGAAGUUCAAAGGCGACCUGAUAGAAGAAAUCCUAAUGCAGUUAACAGAAAUUAAGUAUUUCCUACAGUUAUUCAGCAUCGUUUAAGUUCCAACUAAUUAAUGAGAAAUAGCAGGAACUUAAGAGAACACAGAUCAGGAGGUAGAAGAUUAAUUUAAAGAAACUAAAAUAAUAGCGAUUAAACUUAAUUAAGAGAAUUUUCAGAAUUAGGAGAUCACUAUAGAUAAAGAUAACGCCCAUCAUACAGUGGCCUUUUAGUUCGUAGAGACAUUGACCUAGAUUCUAUGUAUUUGUAGAAUGAAGAUAUAAGAAAUAGAGUUCUCUAUAUUUAAUAAUUAGCAGAGUACGGCCUGUCCUUACAACCAAAUAUGAGUGAUGCUUCUAACCUUGAUAUUGAUUUAUAAUUAUGGAUGCCUGUACCUGUAUUUAGCGGCCCAGAAAGAUCUCAUUUACAGUCAGUUAUUUCGACUAUUAAUGAGAAGGAAAAUAGAAUUAGACAAAAUAAGCUAGACAGAUUAAUGGAGAAUUUAACGAUGAAAGGUAAUUUUGACAUUGCAUUUGCAGAGUUUGAAGAAGAAAAAUGUGUUGUUUGCCUAGAAUAAUAUAAAGAAAUUAUGAUCAUUAGAAAAAUCAAUAGAUGCGGGCAUAUCUUUCACAGUGAAUGCUUAGAAAAAUGGGUGAUAAGUUAAUUAAAUGAGCCAAAGUGCCCAUUGUGCAAUUUAACCCUUGAACUAUUUCACUAGAAUUCAUUUGUGUAUUAUUGA